CAACAAGCUGAAGGCUGGUGGUACUAGUGUAUAUCUUAUAUCGGGAGGCUUUCGUCAAAUGAUCAAUCCUGUUGCAUCACAGCUUGGAAUUGAAAACAUCUACGCAAAUCAAUUACUUUUUACGAGUUCUGGGGGUUUCCUUGGGUUUGACAAAGACGAGUUUACUUCUAGGAGUGGUGGGAAGGCUACAGCUGUGCAACAUAUAAGAAAGGUCCAUCACUACAAGACUUUGGUCAUGAUUGGAGAUGGAGCAACUGAUCUUGAGGCUCGGCAGCCAGGUGGCGCUGAUCUGUUCAUAUGCUAUGGAGGGGUUCAGCUGCGUGACACAGUCGCAGCCAAAGCUGAUUGGCUUGUUAUCGACUUCAAACAACUGCUAACUUCAUUGGAAUAACUGUCCUCCAGUCACAAGGAAAAUUUUACCACCAUUAUUUUGAUUCAAGUUUUCUUUAUAGAUGUUAUUUACAAUUCAGAAUUCAAAACAUUUGUAUCUAAAUUGCGGUUUCUCCCAGUUUCCUUUUAUCCUGUGUGUUUGUAACAAUUAAGGGGAGUAUGCUGGUGGUUAGUGAGGCUUAGAUCUUUAGUUA